CAAAGGCUGAAGCUGCUCCCUUUGCCACAUUAGAACUAGUAGGGGAUCCUCACCGACCAUGGCCACAGCUGCCUCAAAUCCCUACAGCAUUCUCAGUUCCAGCUCCCUGGUCCAUGCGGACUCUGCGGGCAUGCAGCAGGGGAGUCCUUUCCGAAACCCUCAGAAACUUCUCCAAAGUGAUUACUUGCAGGGAGUUCCUAGCAAUGGGCAUCCACUCGGGCAUCACUGGGUGACCAGUCUGAGCGACGGAGGCCCAUGGUCCUCUACACUGGCCACCAGUCCCCUGGACCAGCAAGACGUGAAGCCCGGGCGCGAAGACCUACAGCUGGGCGCGAUCAUCCAUCACCGCUCGCCUCACGUCGCCCACCACUCUCCGCACACUAACCAUCCGAAUGCCUGGGGGACAAGCCCGGCUCCGAACCCGUCCAUCACGUCGAGCGGCCAACCCCUUAACGUGUACUCGCAGCCGGGCUUCACCGUGAGCGGCAUGCUUGAACACGGGGGGCUCACCCCACCACCGGCCUCUGCUUCCGCACAAAGCCUACACCCCGUGCUCCGGGAGCCCCCAGACCACAGCGACCUAGGCUCGCACCACUGCCAGGACCACUCCGAUGAGGAGACACCAACCUCGGAUGAGUUGGAACAGUUCGCCAAACAGUUCAAACAAAGAAGAAUCAAGUUGGGCUUCACGCAGGCUGACGUGGGGCUGGCGCUGGGCACACUGUACGGCAACGUGUUCUCGCAGACCACCAUCUGCAGGUUCGAGGCCUUGCAACUGAGCUUCAAGAACAUGUGCAAGCUGAAGCCGCUGCUGAACAAGUGGCUGGAGGAGGCUGAUUCUUCCACAGGGAGCCCGACCAGCAUUGACAAGAUCGCUGCGCAGGGCCGCAAGCGCAAGAAGCGAACCUCCAUCGAGGUGAGUGUCAAGGGCGUUCUGGAGACGCAUUUCCUCAAGUGUCCCAAGCCUGCCGCGCAGGAGAUUUCCUCGUUGGCAGACAGCCUCCAGUUGGAAAAAGAAGUGGUGCGUGUCUGGUUCUGUAAUCGAAGACAGAAAGAGAAAAGAAUGACUCCACCAGGGGAUCAGCAGCCGCAUGAGGUUUAUUCGCACACCGUGAAAACAGACACGUCCUGCCACGAUCUCUGACUGCAGGAAGCGAGCAAGCGACCGGCGGCACAGAGAGCAGAGCGGGAUUUCUCUUUCUCUCCCACCCUCUUCCUUUCACUCAAGCUUUAUUAUUGCUAUCUCUCUGGCUCUCUCUCGCUCUUACUCCCGUUUUUUUGUUUUUUUUUUUCCUUUUCUCUCUCUCCCGUUUUUUUUUUUUUGUUGUUGUUGUUUUUGUUUUUUAAACAGGGAUUCUAACUUAUAAGAAAGGAAACACACACACACACACACACACACACACACACACACACACACACAAGCAUUCAGGCUUCUUAACGCUGAUACACAAGUUUCAUUAAGCAGUACAGGAGGGGACCUCAUAUCCCCUGCCGCCGGGGCAACAGUUUCUUCCAACCUUUUCUGCUGAUCAAUACAUAUUGUUUACUUUGAGUAAGGUUUGUUUGGUUGCUCCUCUCUAGCAAGAAGUGGGGUAACAGGGGAC